AAAGCCUGCACGCCGUCAAGCCCGACGUCCUCAAAACAAGCCCACAGCGGUCCGCCAUGUCGUCAAAACUCCCCUCCGUCCUCAGUGCUACCGAUGAGGAGAUCCAGCUCCUGCUUGCGGCCCAGUCGCAUGUCGGCAGCAAGAACUGCGACAAGCAGAUGUUGCCUUACGUCUGGAAGCGGAGGUCCGACGGCAUCAACAUCAUCAACAUUGGCAAGACCUGGGAGAAGCUCGUAUUCGCCGCCCGUAUCAUCGCUGCCAUCGAGAACCCCAACGACGUUUGUGUGAUCUCCGCUCGUCCCUACGGUCACCGUGCCGUCCUCAAGUACGCCGCCAACACUGGCGCACAGGCGAUUGCGGGCCGCUUCACCCCCGGUAGCUUCACGAACUACAUCACCCGUUCGUUCAAGGAGCCCCGUAUCAUCAUCGUGACCGACCCCCGCGUUGACCACCAGGCGAUCCGCGAGGCGUCCUACGUCAACAUCCCCGUCAUUGCGUUCUGCGACACCGACGCGCCCCUGAAGUUCGUUGACGUCGUUAUCCCCAUCAACAACAAGGGCCGCAACUCUGUCGGUCUUGCUUGGUAUCUCCUUGCCCGCGAGGUCCUCCGCCUCCGCGGCACGAUCCCCCGUACUUCCGAUGGCUGGAACGUCAUGGUCGACAUGUUCUUCUACCGCGACCCCGAAGAGGUCGAGAAGCAGCAGCAGGAGGAGGCCGCUGCGAAGGCCGCUGCCGUCGCUGGCGAGCAGCCCGAGGCUGCUAUCAACGAGUGGGACGUCACGUCCGCUCCCCAGGCGGGUGGUAUCAACCCUGGCUUGGUUGCUGGAGAGGGUGCUCUCGACUGGUCCGCGGAGCCCGCUGCUGCCGGCCCUACCGACUGGUCAGCAGAGCCCGCUGCCGCUGGCUGGGCUGCGGAGCCCGCGGGCACGAGCGGUUGGGAGUAAGGGAUUCGCUGGGCCUCCUUCGUGCGCUGUCGUUUCUCAUCGCUGUCUGGCAAAUGUUGUGUUGUACUCGGGAGCCCAAGCUUAUGCUGAUGUCUUUGCCAUGACACGCAUCGCACCAUUUUUAUUCGAUGCAAAACUAUGUACAGCGUAUGACCAACACGACAUGCUUUUU